GAAAAUAAUUGCAUUAAAGAAACCUUACAAGUGUCUUUAGUGAAAUCAAGUGAAUCUCUGGCAAUAAUUUAUGUUAAAUCAAUUGAAAUUUUAUUCUUCGAAACCCCUUGUCCUCUAUCUCCUGCUAAAUAUUCCCCUGAUUCCUUACGAGCGUCUUUAAAACUUAAAAUAAUAUGCAAAAUAUUGACGCCGGCGAAAAUGACGACACUCUAAACAAGUUUGAAAACUUGCAACUAACACAACCCACGUCAUUGGAAAGUCUAACGUGUGAACAGCACCAACUGUUAGAGAACUGUCCUAAAGCUGAAAGUUCUCGUGCCAUACACUCUGACCCCGAGGAGACUCAAGCUAAAACUAAAACACGAUCGCGUUUUUCCACUGCUCUCAGAAAACUUUCACGUUCUACUCGCAAAAAAGAGAAACCAAGUAUAAAAAGCUCUUCCACAGCCACCGAAUCUUCAGAACAGAUUAUUUCAAGUGGAGCUGAAGAUUUAACCGAAUCAAAUCUUAUAACGGAUGCGGAUAAGAAAUUAAAGAAAAAGAAAAAGUCAGCUAAAUCCAUAUUUGGCUUGAAAAAGUCGAAGGUGGUGCCCAAACAAGACGAUCCGAAAAUAAGUUUUGAAGAUCAAGAGGCAACGAAAUUUUUGGAACCGAUUUUUCAGGAUAAGGAAAAUGAAGUAGUUAUAACUACGGAGCGUCUAUCACCGCAGAACUCUAGAAGUAAAGUUCAAAUAACGAUUAAAUCAAAGAAAAUUGAAACCGUGGCUUCGCAAGAACAACUCAACAAAAACCCAUCAUCACCACCAUCACCAUCCCCAACCAAUAAGACCGACACCCCAGAAGACAGUAAACCUAAGACCACCGAUACCGAGACAAAAUCAUCUAACGAACCAUUGGAUAAAAGUAAAAAACUCAAACAAAAAGUAACAACUCAAACGUCGCAGAAAUCCUCAACAACCACAACAACAACACAAGCACAAUCUAAAAGUAAACAACAGCAGCAACAGCAACAAGAAGAGAUAACAAUCACUCAAAGUUCUAAAGAUACACCACCUAAAGAGAGAGCACCCACUAAGCCAUCGCGCUUAACAACGACAACAACUACGACGAGUACAUCCACACCGACCAGUCACUCGAGUACAAGCAGUGGUGCAAUACGCAAAACAGCCACCACAACUAGAGCAGCUAUUAAACUAGUAACGGGUGCAAAAUCCAAACAGAAAUCAUCGUCAUCUGCAAAGACCUCAAAAGGAUCCAACGUCAGCAAUACGAGCACAGCCGCCAAUUCGACAGCAGCUGCAGCAGCACCUAAAAAGGAAACCGAUUUAAUGAUAAAUCCACAAAGAGGUCAUAGACUACCAAGACCUACCUCAACAACAACAACAGCUACAGCAGCGUCAACCACACAUGAAACUCUAGCCAUAGAUCAUACAUCACUGCCAACGAAUUCAUCAAUCCAAAAACAGCUACAACCAACAACACCCGACAGUCUGACUACUUUUAAAAGUUUACCACAAACAUCAUCUGAAAUUCGAUCUUCUUCAACUAACGCUUCAUUGGCAUCACCACCGCCGCCGCCUUCUAUAACAACAACAACAGACGACGACGAAAUUUCCACUAGCAGACAGCAGCAACAGGAAAAUAUACAAACAUCUACCACUGACAAUUCGAAUUCAGUUCUAUUGCAAACCUUCCCACAAGCAGACGAUCACAUCUCAUUAGCGGAAAGUGUUAAGCCAAGCGAAUAUUCGGGUGACACGCAUUACGAUUCCCUUGAAGCAAUAAAGGAACCGGUAACCACCGUACAAUUUGCCGUAGGCAGUCCAGUUAGAGCUCCCUUCCAACAGCCAUUAUACGAAUUUUCCAUUCAAGAGCCCAAUUUGGAAAAGCAUAUCGACGACAAAGAUUCAUCCAUAACCGAGGCAAAUCGUCGUCGCAUACAUUAUAUAUCGCAAUCGACUUUAUUCGACGAAUCGCAUAGUUCGGAAUUGAAACGUUCCCAUUUCCGUUAUCAAUCGGGUGUUAGUGAUCUAUCCUUGGAUACGGACGAACAAGAAGAUAACAUUGAAGACUUACAACCGAUGCCAGCUUUUGGUGAUUUAACCAUGGAUCAAGAUAUGGAACCGACUGUAAUGACAUCAUCAAGCACUGAGAAGCGUGAGCAUCUUUAUAAAAUUCUAGUCAUCGGCGAAUUGGGCACUGGCAAGACAUCGUUUAUCAAACGUUAUGUUCAUCAGUUUUUCAGUCAAAAUUAUCGCGCCACAAUUGGUGUCGAUUUCGCCUUAAAAGUUUUACACUGGGAUCCCAAUACCAUCGUACGUUUACAAUUGUGGGAUAUCGCCGGUCAGGAGCGUUUCGGUAAUAUGACAAGGGUUUAUUACAAGGAAGCCGUUGGUGCCUUUAUUGUUUUCGAUGUAACACGUAGUGGUACAUUCGAUUGUGUUAGUAAGUGGAAAGAGGAUUUAGAUUCAAAAGUACAAUUGCCAGAUGGUAGUCCAAUUCCGUGUAUAUUGCUGGCCAAUAAGUGCGAUCAAGAUAAACAAGGAGUUGUAACAAAUACCGAAAAAAUGGAUGAAUAUGUUAAGGAACAUGGUUUUGCUGGAUGGUUUGAGACUUCCGCCAAAGAAAAUAUUAACAUAGAUGAGGCAGCUAGAGCGUUAGUUAAUAAGAUUUUACUCAACGAUAAACUGAUAAGUGCUGCAGAUUUGGCCGACAGUGAAAAAUUCAAUCUCAACAAUACGGGCGAUCAAACAGCUUCAGAUGGCAAAAGCAAAUGUUCCUGUUGAUUUUGUUUUUACCAUCAUUAUUAUUAUAAUUAUUAAUUAAAUAUUAUCAUUAUUAUAUUUAUAUUUAUGUAAACAUACAUGCAUAAUUAUGAGAGAAAGUGUGAUGAAAGAGAUUUCUAAAGGUCAAAUCGACAUGAAAUUGUUAUUGCCUUAUGGUAGGAGUUUUUGUUUUUAUUUAAUUAUAUAUCUUCAAUUUGUAUCUUUUAUCGUUUUUUUUUAAUUAUUGUAUAUGUAUCUAUAGAAAUCUAAACAGUUUUAAAUAGUUUUUUUUUGCCAUUUUUCAUAUAAAUAAUUAAUUAUUACAACACUUUUCAGUAGAUCAAAAAAACAUACACAAUAAACACUUUUUAUAUAAAUAUAUUAAAUACUAUACACUUAAAGAAAAAAUUUAAAGAAAAAAAUAUAAAAAUUUAUAAAUGAAGAAUAAUGAAUGGAUGAUGAAGAAUAAUUUAUUUUUGUACUUGUCCGAAAGGCCCUUAAUUGAGUAUAUUCAUAUGUAUUUAAUUACACCAACAAUUUAUGGGCUACAUUAAAUCUAAAACCUAAUUAACUAAAUAACUAACUAACAAAUGGUGUAAACUCUUUAGCCAUAAUAUACAAACACACAUUAUUUGCUUUAGUUUCUAAGAUAAGAAACAAAAAAUCAUACACACAUAUUUUUAUUAUAAUUUUUUAUGUUAAAUUUUUUUUAAAAAACUUUGUUUUUAUCUUAAUUUGUUUGUUUUUUUUCUAUUUACUUCAUUUGUUUAUUUAUUUCUUAGUUUUUGGGUUUAUUUUCAUUUAAUUUAUUUACUUUUGUAUUACGAUUCAAGUAACUUUCUAUGUAGUUUGUUUUUUUCUAAAUUGGUCUUUUUGUUUUUUCUUUCUGAUUUUAUCUGUUUAAGAAAACAUUAAUAAUAAAAGAAAUUAAUCUCAAGUCGAGACAAACGGCUGAAGAAUGAUAUGUUUUAUACCCUACAGUA